AUAGCGGCAUACAAACAGUGAGCUACACAGGAAUCUGAGUAACUGGCUCCAUCAAACCUACUUGCAACAGACUGGCUCAGAGUUCGCAGACAUGAAGCCGCUGUUUUUGACAUUCAUCUUUGUAGCAUUUGCAUCUCAAUUUAGAAAUGCUGUUUCAGAUUCAGUUGAAUUUCUGGGACGCUCAUUCAUUCAAAGUGCUUUGCAGGAAGCCAUGAAAAGGGUGGAUGAAGCCUACAAAUAUUCAAGAGAUGUAGAUCUUUUAAAAAUCAAGAAAAAAGAGCUGACACCAUAUGAGCUGCUCUCUUUUUCAAAAAGGCCAAUGGCAGAGACCAGGACUGCAGUACGUGCAGCGGACUACAUGGAGGCCACCCUUGAUGUAAUCCAGCAGAAGAUGAGCAGGAUCCACAAACGCUCAUUGAAUGCCACAGAUCUUUUAUCACCUGAAGAUUUGACGGUGAUUGCCCGAGUCACUGGCUGUGCUGCCCAAACUGCGCUACUGUCAUGCAACACAAUCCCCUUAGUAGACAAAUACAGGACCAUCUCUGGCGUGUGCAAUAACAAGAAGAAUAGCCGGCUUGGUGCUUCAAACACCCCUUUCUCACGAUGGCUGUCUGCCCAGUAUGAUGAUGGUAUCUCCGUUCCACGCAGUUGGGAUCCAGCAACCAAGUAUUCGAGUUUCAGCCUUCCUCUGGUCCGUGAAGUCUCCAAUAUAAUUUUGCAUGCAGCAAAUGAAAACUUGCCUCAGGAUAACUUAUAUUCAUUCAUGCUGGUGUUGUUUGGGCAAUGGACAGAUCAUGAUUUGAGCAACACCCCUGUGUCUCCAAGCAUUCGGUCCUUCAAUGAUGGAAUUGACUGCAGCACAUCCUGUUGGCGGGCUGAACCCUGCUUCCCUAUUCAGAUCCCACAGAAGGAUGGCAGGUUUACCAACACCAAAAGCUGUAUUCCCUUUUUCCGGUCAGCUCCAGCUUGUGGAACAGCAUUCACAGGUUACAUAUUUGGAAGCCCAAAUGUUCGGUCCCAAAUUAACCAACUGACCUCCUUUAUUGAUGCAAGUAUGAUUUAUGGGUCCACUAAUUCCCUGGCCAAAGAACUGCGAGACCUGACCAAUGAUUUUGGCCUUCUGGCUGUGAAUAAAGACUACAGCGAUGAUGGCUACGAUUUGCUUCCCUUUCAAAAUGCAAUGCGCAACUUUUGUGCCACGAGAUCAAUUGUUACGAAGGACCCAUCAGCUCAAGAAGUUCCAUGCUUCAUUGGAGGAGAUUCACGUGCCAAUGAAAAUAUUGCGCUUACAGCUAUUCACACUAUGUUCCUCAGAGAGCAUAACCGUAUUGCAAAGAUUUUCAAGAAACUUAAUCCACAGUGGAAAGGUGAAACAAUCUACCAAGAAACACGAAAGGUUUUAGGAGCAUUUCACCAGAUUAUUAUAUACCGGGACUAUUUGCCUAUAAUCAUUGGUCCAAAUGCAAUGACAAAAUAUCUCUCUAAUUACCAAGGUUACAAUGAUAAGGUCGACCCUUCCAUUUCCAGUGUUUUCUCGACAGCAGCAUUCCGGUUUGCUCACCUUACUAUCCAGCCAUUUAUAUUUCGUCUAGACAGGAGAUAUCGGCAACACUCUUUGUAUCCUAAUGUUCUCCUCCACAAUACCUUUUUCACCCCCUGGAGGAUUGUCUUUGAAGGUGGAAUUGACCCCAUUAUCCGAGGUCUUAUUUCCAUGCCUGCAAAGCUUAAUAGACAGGAUAGGCUGAUGCAUGAUGAACUGCGGGAGAGACUCUUUCAGCUGACCAGUCAGGUUGCUCUUGAUUUGGCAUCUCUUAACCUGCAACGUGGAAGAGAUCACGGACUCCAAGGAUACAAUGCAUGGAGAGGCCUCUGUGGUCUUAGCCAGCCCCGAAAUGAAAGGGAACUUGGACAGAUCCUCAACAACCAAACCUUGGCAAGGGCACUGAUUCGUCUGUAUGGAACCCCCAACAAUAUUGAUGUCUGGAUUGGAGGAGCUGUUGAGCCAUUUGUGCCAAAUGGGAGAGUGGGACCUUUGUUUGCUUGUCUAAUAGGAACACAGUUUCAGAGGAUAAGGAAUGGAGACAGGUUCUGGUGGGAAAACAGAGGCAUCUUCACAGAGAGCCAAAAGAGUGCUCUAAAGAAUGUGUCACUCCAUCGUAUUAUCUGUGACAAUACUGGAGUUCAGGAACUCCCUCCAUCUGUGUUCCGGCACUUGCCGUACAGUGAUAAUUAUAUCUCAUGCUCGGACAUCCCAAAGAUCAACUUUAGUGCUUGGAAAAACAGUAUUUGAG